GUCGUUACCUUGUCUGGCAACAAGCGCAUUCGCUAGCUGCGUCUUGUCGUUCUCUCGUCGACAGUCGUCUAUCUCACGGUUUGUCGAUUUCGUCUCGUUUUUUCUUGCUUUCGCCGCCCUUUGUCUACCGUGCAGCCCUGCUUCGUCGCCUCGCCGCCUCGCCGCCUCGCACGACAAAUCAUGGAGGACCCCAACGGCAACGACUCGGAAAUGGCCGAUACCGAAGAGCGGGCAGGGGCUCGUUUUAUUUAUACUGCGGAGGAGAAGGCGCUCCUCCAAGCGCUCGUAACGAAACAUGCGCGAGUUCUUGAAAACAAGAAGGCAAAUAACUACUCGAAGGAGGCUAAACUUAAAGCUUGGGAGAAACUCAGCACCGAGUAUAACAGCCAGCCAAACGUCCGCCCACGAAGCGCUAAGCAACUCAAGAAGCGUGGGGAGAACGAAAAAUCCAGAUACAAAAAAACCAAGUCCGACGAGACGAGAGACAUCCACGCCACGGGAGGUGGGCCACGAACAAGCCGGCCGAUGAGCCCCUCACUCAUUCUUGUGGGAGCGGCGGCAGACCACAUGGAGACGGUGACAAAUCUCUGCGGCAGCGACAGGGCAAGAGACCGGCCAGUGCUGUCGCUGCCUCCGGCUGCAAUGUUUGAAGCAAUGGUGCGAGGCACUGAAGGCAAUGACAAUCACGCCUGCUGGAACGACGUGCCAGAUGCUCCUGAUCCGUCCGCCUCACCUCUCCAAGACAGCAGCGUUGGAGCUGCUUGUGUGACUCCGCCGGCAAGGAGCAUUACCUGCCCCCGUGCUGAGCUGCCAAGCGGGGCAUCCAGAAGAACUGGAAACCGCAUCGCAGCACUGGAGCGGAUCAUGGCUCCCGAAAAGGAGGCCCGUGUAGACAUCCUCGAGAGGGAAGAUCGGCGGAAGGAGGCGCAACAUUUAAUGCAAAUGCGCAUACUCCGCAACAAACUUUUUGAGCAGCGACGACGCGGACGGGCAGAGUUCCAGCUGCUCCAGCUGGAGAGAGAGAUAAAGGUGGAGCAGCUGGCAGCCCUGCGCUGCAAGCUGCAAGGGUGUAGAAAUCACAAUUAA